ACAAACAUCUCCACAUUUUCCAACUGGUGUCGCGAAGUCGUCAUGUUUAUGAAUAAGCUCGCUUCAUAACAAAACACGUGGCGUCAGUCAGUCUAUUUGUUAACAACAAAUUAGUAACGUUAGCAUUUAGCCAACUUUCCCCCUUAUUGUUUAUUCUCCGUUGAACCAGGACACAAACAACCGGGGACCAUGCAGAGACGCGCAUCCAGCUCCACGAAGUCAAGGAGCAGCUCUCUCACACGCCGCUACCGCACGCUGGCUCCCACCUCUCAGGUGGAUCAAACCCUGUUUGGGAGCCCAAAACCGUUCAGGAAGAACGAAGAGCGAGAGACUAUUCAAAUAAUCACCAGAGACCUCAUUCGCAAUCUCAGGAUCCCAUCAAAGGAUCCUUCAGGGGGUUCUAUCAUUCUGCCAUCAGCUGAGUUUCAGCGGAUCACCUCAACAUCCCAAAUUCUCCCCAAGGAGGAGAGGGACACCCAGAGGGAGGCUUAUCAGAGGAAGAAAGAGGAGGAAAUUAGAGCUGCAGAGGAAACGAAGCGUCUAAUCAAUGAGGCAGGCCUCUCACAUCAGGAGAAUCAGGCACCGACCGAGCUGGAGCUCGAGGCCCGGGACCGAGCGCAGCGCCUGUUGGAGCAGGCCAACGCUUCAAGGAUGGAGGAAGAGGAGGAGAUCAGAAAGCUCAACAUGCUGAUCCUGGCCGCUCAGUGUCAAGCCAUGCGUGACGCCCAGAUCGAUGAGAAGAAACAGAUCCAGGCAGAGCUGUCAGAGGACGAGAAGCGCCUGGAUGCCAUGAUGGAAGUGGAGCGCCGCAAGGCCUUGGAGACCAUGGAGCAGAUUGAUGAGCUGCACAGACAGCAGAGGAUCGGGGGAAUGCAGAACAUUUGCGACCAGAUCCAGCAACAUCUAAUUGACAAGCAAAUGCAAGACGAGAUGAGAGAGCAGGAGAAAGAGCAGACACAAGAGAAACAGGAGAAAAUGAACCUGGAAGACCUCAAGGCCAUGGAGAAGAAGAGGGAGGAGCAGCAGUGUCUGCAGGAAGAGAUCAUGCGCAUCAACACGGAGACCAUGCGGGCCAAGGAGCUGAGGAGAGAGGAGGAGAAGCUGGCUGACACGAGGAAUAUGGAAUACAUGCGAAACAAAAUGAUGCGAGAGGCAGAAUAUGAGGCAGAGCAGAGACGUAUGAAGAAGGAGAAGGAGGUGGAGAUUGCCAGGCUGAGGGCCCGGCAAGAAAAGGCAAAAGACUACAAGUCCGAGCAGGAUGAGCUCCGUGCUAGAAGGAACCAACUAAGCACAGAGAAGGAAUGGAGGAGGAAAGAGAAGGAGCUCAGGGCAAAGAAAGAGCAGGAGAAAGCGAUGCUGAGGGCGGCUCGCACGGAGCAGAUUCACUCCAAACACCACCUCCUGUCCAUCGAGGUUGGCCGGGAGAAGGCAGAGUAUGAGAGGGUGCUGAAGGCGCAACAGGAAGCAAUCAUCAAACAGAAGGCGGAAGAGGAGAAGCACCAGCAAAAAGCACGCCGUCACGCAGACGCCAUCCGAAAUCAGGUGAAGGAACAAGAACUCUCAGCCGUGGCUCAGCGCAAAGAGAUCUUUAAGGAGGCCAAUCAGUUCGUGGAGGUGGCCCGGCAGAGGCGUGUGCGCCUCAAUGACAUCAAGGAGAAGAAGCUGAAGGAGCUAAAGGCUACAGGGCUCUCUGAGAAAUACUGCAGCGAAGUGGAAAGGAAGGCCCGCGCCUGUGCACUCUGAUUCACUCACCGCUGGAUUCACACGGUCCAAAGCCAUCCAUGUUUCAAGUACUAAUGUGACUUAAGCGCAUAAUAUAUAUAUAUACACAUACAUAUAUAUA